AUGGGCUCCAAAAAACUAACCGUAGGGUCCGAUUCCCAUCGGUUGAGCAGAUCCAGCUUUACAAGUAGUAAAUCUUCACUUUCAGCAAUAAAAGAUCAGCCGGUCGAUACAGAUGAUAUUGAUGAGGACGACGAAUCAGGUCAUAAUAUUAUCUUGAAUAUUAUAUCACAAUUAAGGCCAGGCUGUGAUCUGACCAGGAUCACCUUGCCUACUUUUAUUUUAGAAAAGAAAUCAAUGCUUGAACGUGUCACGAAUCAGUUACAGUUUCCUGAGUUUUUAUUGCAGGCACAUUCAGAACAGGACCCCUUACAAAGAUUUUUACAUGUAAUGAAAUGGUAUUUGGCAGGUUGGCACAUUGCGCCGAAGGCUGUCAAGAAACCAUUGAACCCAGUCCUUGGUGAGUACUUUACCGCUUAUUGGGACUUGCCAAACAAGCAGCAAGCAUACUAUAUUGCUGAACAGACAAGUCACCAUCCUCCAGAAUGCGCAUAUUUUUACAUGAUUCCCGAAUCAUCAAUUAGAGUGGAUGGGGUGGUUAUUCCUAAGUCAAGAUUUUUGGGAAACUCAAGCGCUGCCAUGAUGGAUGGAUCAACGGUCUUGCAAUUUUUGGACAUAAAAGAUAGAAACGGAAAGCCGGAGAAAUAUAUUCUAACUCAACCAAACGUAUAUGUGAGAGGAAUUUUAUUCGGGAAAAUGAGAAUCGAACUGGGAGACCAUAUGAUUAUUAAAUCUCCUGAUUUUCAGGCUGAUAUAGAGUUCAAGACAAAGGGAUAUGUCUUUGGGACUUACGAUGCCAUCGAAGGGACUGUUAAAGACUAUGAUGGUAAUUCGUAUUACGAGAUAUCAGGUAAAUGGAAUGAUGUUAUGUACAUAAAAGAUUUAAAGCAAUCGCGUUCUUCACCAAAAGUCUUCCUCGACACCCAUAAAGAAUCACCUCUGAGACCACAGGUCCGUCCAUUGAACGAGCAAGGUGAGUAUGAAUCUAGAAAACUGUGGAAUAAAGUAACAGAUGCAUUGGCUGUCCGCAAUCAUUCUGUUGCAACCGAAGAAAAGUUUCAAAUCGAAAACCACCAGAGACAAUUAGCUAAAAAGCGUAUCGAAGAUGGUGUGGAAUUCCACCCAAAGCUAUUUAGAAAAUCAAAGCCUGGCGAGGAUCUUGAUUAUUGUAUUUAUAGAAAUAUUCCCGUCAACGAGGAUCCUGAGAAGCAAAUUCGAAGUAUAUUGCAGAUUGCACCUAUUUUACCGGGUCAACGCUUUACUGACAAAUUCUUCAUUCCUGCAUUUGAGAAAAUAAAGCCACAAAAGAAGAAAAUUGAAGGCAAAAAGGAGAAUUUGGUAAAACUGUGA